AAUUUUGAAAUUCGUUUAACGUUUCUCUUUAUUCUUGUCUUCUCGAUGUUUUCUGAGAUUUCAUUGUGUUUUUAGCGAAUUGUGAGAAAAAUACACCAUCUGAAUAUUGACCACGAUAGGAGUGUUAUAUAUCUUUGUAGGGAAAGAUUAGUUCCACUGACCACAGGAUACUUGUUUUAAUAAAAGCGUGACGUGAAGGUUGGGUCUGGUGCCAUGUCGAGAGAGAUUUACUAUUCAGAUAAAUAUUAUGAUGAGGAGCACGAAUACAGGCAUGUUGUGUUGCCUAAGGACAUGGUGAAGUUGGUGCCGAAGAAUCACUUGAUGUCUGAGCAGGAGUGGCGUAGCAUCGGUGUGCAGCAGAGUCAGGGCUGGGUACACUACAUGACGCACCAACCUGAACCUCACAUUCUACUAUUUAAAAGAAAGAAGACCACUCCACCAGAGAAGAAGUAAUUAGGAAAUGCAUGUUAUCAAUUGCAUCCAGUGUACAAAACUUUCAAUAUUACUUAUAUGCACUAAUAUACAAGCUGAAUAAGCUUUUAUAAGUCUAGCAAACCAAUAGUGCAUGUAGGUAUUAGUUUAACUCUUAGAUUUAGUGAGACCCACAACAAAUAUAAUUUUCUCUAGUUCAUAUGGUCUGCUGUAGACAAGUAUUUUACCUUCUUAUUCCAGUAAUUUCUACUGGCCAAGUAGAGAAUGCUAUUUGAGCUAAUGUACAAUAAGUUAAAACAUUGAAACACCGACAGUGAAGCUCAAACCACACUAGCAUGGCGCAGUAAAAUAUUCUAUCUACAAAUUUUUAUGUAUCAAAAAGGCGACAGAGUUGGCUCUUAAAAUAAUACAAAUGUUUAUGUACAUAAACAUGGUACAAUAAGAAUAUGUUGUUCCUAACAUUUAACCUGCAUAGAGAACAUUUUGCCUCACCGUGCCAUUUAAGUAAGGUUUGAGCUUUACAAUGUACCAACUUUAGCAAAUUUUUUCUAUAAACAAACAUGUUUUUUUAAGUUAUUACUUAUUACAUUCCCUAUGACUUUGCACAGCAGUCUUAAAUGACUAGGUUUUAGUAUUAUUUUUCUUUUUUUCUGAAAACAAUUUUAAAUACUUAAAAAAUCCAUUGUUAAUUCUUGGUGAUAAUAUAGUUUUUUGUGGGUUGCAUUGGUUGAAGAUCUUCAUUCCAUAAUAUCUAAGUUCUUACAUUUAAUUAGUCACUAUGAUUAAGUUGUUCAUAGGUGUCAAGUGUCCUUUUAGACUAGUGAAUCUGCAAUGAAAUUACUGCAAUUUGUGGUUAAGUCCACAUGGUAAAUGCAAGCCAUAAUUUUACUUUUGAAGGACAGGAAAUCUAGUGUUUAAGUCACCAACUGUAGGCAUAUUUGUAUUUCUUAAACUGUUGAAAUCCCAUCUGUGAAUAUGUGACCUUAAAUAUUAAUGUAGGUACCAAAGGUUUAGCACCAGCAGAUAGCAUGGCCUGGUAGCAAAGCAUUCAUUUGUGUAUAUUGUAACGUCUUUCGGCCUAUUUAACGCAACAUACCGCUCCUCGGAGGUUAAAAAGGCCACAAUGAAGCAAUUUAUCUAAAAAAGUAAUAUUGCUAUUUGACAUUUUGUUGUCUGACGCGAGUGGGAUGGCGCCUAGAGCAGUCUAUCGCGUCAGACAAACUACUGCGGGGCAGAAGGCAGGAGGGAAAUCUGAAAUCACUGACCUAUUUUUCCCUAAAAAGUAGCAUGGAGAAUACUACACCGACACAGUGUCUGAGUGACAUUUUGUUGACAACUUGCAAUAUUGUUUUUUAAAUUAAUUGCUUCAAUGUGGCCUUUAUAGAAUCUCUGAUCUGUAUUAUCAAACACGUUUGAAUUCAAAACUAGAUAGACAAUAAUUUAAGGUAUAAGUUUUUAUAUUUUUGUAAUUGCUGUACUUGUAUCUAAUUGAUAUUUUUUCUAUCUCAAAAAUAAGGUCUAAUAUGGUCCACACAGCUUAACGGGCCCUCCAAAGUUCGGAAUCAUCUUGCUUUUUGGACAAUCAUGUGAUUGAAGCUUACAAUAUCCUAAUUUAAGAUGCAAUUAGUUGAAGUUUUAUGCGAUAAUGCGCCAUGUUGUCACAUUGGUGGGUGCAGAGCCUAGUUAUGUUAUUCAUAGAUAACAAUUUCAAUAACAAUUUGUCCGGCAUCAGAGUUGUUCAAUUUGCUCUACUUGUAAAUAUAAUCAAUCGGCAGUUAUAUUAAAUCUGGUGUUUGUUUUGCAAUUUGUCAAUAAAUUAUUUGGUGCUAUGUUAAA